AUGCCUGCAAGUGAAUCAAGCAAGCGCCGGAGGCAAACCGUGCCGAAACUCAAGGAAAGUUGCGACUGCUGCGCGUCAGCCAAAGUCAGAUGCUCGCGAGAACAACCAUCAUGCUUGAGAUGCAGACAACGAGGCUUCAACUGCGAAUACAGCAUUUCACGACGAGCCGGCCGACAAACAAGAACCAUCAGCAACGACGCCUCCAGCCCAAGACAAACCAGCAGCUCAUCAGCAUCAUCCUACACCGGCUCGCCACUCACAUCACCCAUCCUCCCUCCAUACUCCUCCCAUCCUCACCGGCGCAACCCAAGCGACUCCUCAGAUUCAUCCUCCUCCUACUUCCCCACCCCGCAACUCCAACUCACCGCCCCCAUCGUCCCACAAAUGCUCUCCUACGAACCGCAAACCCUUCCCCCCUGGCCCGAAGCCCCCACCUCCUCCUCCGCCUUCCUAGACAGCCCUACCACAAGCGUCUCAUCCGAAUGGGGCCACCUCCGCCACUCCUUCGCCUUUCCAACACAAAACAACCACCAAAAUUUCGACCCCCCAAUCAGCCCCAAAACCUCUCACCUCGACAUCACCUCUUCUUCCCUCCAACAGGAAUCCUACCUCUUCAUGGAAACCGAAGCCAUCAAAGAAGAACUGAACCUCGCGGCGAAUUUCAUCGGCACUUUGGAGGAACGCAUUGAGAAGGGGAUCGGGAAUUUCCAUGUCCGGGAGGAGGAUCUCGAGCAGCAGCGGCAGCAGUUUGGGGCGUUGCAGAGGGAUUGUUUGGAUCUGGCGCUGGCUGAGACGAGUCAUCUUGUGGCUUAUCAUUUUACUGCGGUGGAGUUGAGGAGGCGGUUACGGGGGAUUAGGAGGGAGAUUGAGGGGAUUGCGGGGUUGGGGUGUUAG